AUGCUGCUUCCAUCUCCAUUAUUGCUACCUUCCCCUCUAUUUCUCUUUCUUGCCGUAUUUCUCUUCUUCACUGUAUCACUUUUGCUCCUACUCUCUCACUUCAAACCAACCAGAGAUGGCCGGGAACAACCGCCAGGUCCACCGGCCUGGCCGGUGAUCGGCAACCUCCACCUGCUGGGUACCCUCCCCCACCGUUCCCUUCACUCUCUGGCCAGACGAUAUGGCCCCAUCAUGUCCCUCCGACUAGGACAGGUGCCUGCCGUUGUCGUCUCUUCGCCUGAAGCUGCCGAGCUUUUCCUCAAGACGCACGACGUCGUUUUUGCCAGCCGCCCAAGGACUCAAGCGUCGGAGUUCCUUUCUUAUGGCUCCAAGGGAAUCGCUUUCGCUGAAUAUGGCCCUUACUGGCGCGACAUGAGGAAGCUCUGUACUUUGCAGCUUUUUAGUGCGUCGAGAGUGGAGAUGUUUCGUCCCAUACGAAGGGAGGAGUUGAGAGAGGCGGUGAAGUCGAUAAAGGAAUCGGCGGCGGCGCGUGAUGUGGUGGAUGUAAGUGAGAAGGUGGGGGAGGUGAUAGAGGACAUCAUAUAUAGAAUCAUACUGGGACGCAAGAGAGACGAUAGGUUUGAUUUGAAGAGAAUAGUUCAAGAGACGCUCAGCUUGGCAGGAGCUUUCAAUAUCGCAGACUUCCUGCCUUUCUUGCGCCCAUUUGAUAUUCAGGGUUUUACAAAACGCUUAAAGACGAAUGGUAAGGAAAUUGAUGAAAUGUUAGAAACGAUCAUCAAAGAGCAUGAAGAGGCACAAGCAGUACUGCAGAAAAUGCAACACAAGGACAUCGUGGACAUAUUACUCUCUUGCUUGAAGGAUUCUCAUGACGAUGAACAAAAUCCAGUCAAAGAUCGAACCAAUAUCAAGGCCAUACUUUUGGACUUGCUUUCCGGUGCAAUAGACACUUCCGUCACUGUUAGUCUCUGGGUUUUCUCAAAACUCUUGAAGAAUCCCAGAGUAAUGAAAAAACUCCAACAUGAGCUGGAAAACCUUGUAGGAAAAAGCAAUUUGGUCGAGGAGGUUGAUUUGCCGAGGUUGACUUACUUGGACAUGGUGGUCAAAGAGACUUUGAGACUACAUCCUGUUGCGCCAUUACUGCUCCCUCGAGUCAGCACCGAGGAUAUAACUAUCAAUGGAUAUUAUAUAAGGAACAAGUCACGAGUGAUUGUGAAUGUGUGGGCAAUAGGACGGGAUCCUAAGAUAUGGUCGGAUAAUGCGGAAGCGUUUUAUCCAGAGAGGUUCCUGAAUAGCAAUGUAGAUCUCCGAGGAAAAGACUUCCAACUGAUACCAUUUGGUUCAGGUCGAAGAGGAUGCCCUGGCAUGCAGUUAGGGUUAAUUACUGUUAAGCUGGUUAUAGCACACUUAAUGCAUUGCUUUAAUUGGGAACUUCCACAAGGCGUUUCUCCUGAUGAAGUGGAUAUGACUGAGAAAUUUGGACUAUUGAUUCCAAGAGCUAAUCACUUAGUAGCUCUUCCAUCAUAUUGCCUAGCAGAGUGAUUGUUGUGCUUAAUCAUAUGUCAGUGUAAUUUUCUUUAUGACCUGAACUGUUUAAGAUUAUGUAAUUUGCGUUAUGAUUGGGUCUUUCCUUCCAUAUUUUGUAAUAGUUUUUACAUAAAUGAUAUUCAUUUUUUCUUAACAAUA